CACUGUCCUUCAUCGACACAUUGGCAUGGUCAGAGCCACCUUGUGCUAUUUUCGAGGGCGUAGUUGUCUAAAACCUAUUUGGCAAAUAGCUUAAAAAAAGGACCCUGAAAAUCAUUGAAAUUGCAGUUAACAAUGAGAAAGAUCCCCAUUUUAAGGCAAGGACCUUCAGUAAAAUAAAUAUUACGCUAAUUACGCAAUCCUUAUCCUUUGAACCUUCUGGCAGUGUUUUUAAUGACAUGAGUAACAUUGUUCCCUCAGAGGUCCCCUCCGUCAUAUUAUUCACCACAUUCGUGUCCACACCACCCGGUAAACCAGCCACACCUUACUACAGUCUAAGGCAUGAACCCUGGUGGUUGAUCUCUAAAAAGGUGACCUAUCUAAUUAAAACUUGCAUUUCACAUAGUACUUCCAUUAUCCUGUCCACCCGCAUAAUUAUUUUCUUUUCCUCCUUCUCCAUCUCUUUCAUGGUUUGUCACCUUUCCGCCUCUUCCAUGGUCUUUGUCUUUGCUUUAUAUCACAUACAUUCUGUUGAUUUCAAUCAUUCUCCUUCAAUCUUCAUAAGUAAAUAAUUUUCUCAUUGUUGCCCUUCCUGGUCUUUUCUCUGAAGAUCUCUUUAAUCUAUAUUAAAAAUACAGAUAAAUCGAGGUCUUGCGCUAAAGAGUUUGUUAAUCCACGUUCACGGUUCUUUAUGUUUCUACCCCGCCGCGGUAAACGGACAUUUAAAAUUGAAAAUGCGAACAUAAUUUGCGCAAAACCGACACUUUCAGCUAUAUUCAUACAAACUAACAUCAAAAUGAUACUGAAACACGACUUGUGCUAAUUAAAUGGCUUUAAUAUAUGUCGAGGGAAGAAAACGACAUGCGCAAAAUGUUAAAAAUGUUAUUUUAAAAUGAUAGCAAUACUUAGGAUAUGACCUAAACCUGGUGUUCCACCAAAACGGUUCCGGUGUAGCGCAGCACCCCAUCGGGAAUGAUUUCCGUUUCUAUACCUUUAUACAGUAUUAACCGAAAAAUCAUCGCGCCGAGUCAAUGGGCCGUUUUAAAACGUAUCGCUGCCAACACAUCGACUGCUAAACGGCGGCGUGGUCAUGCAGUGUUAACAGGUAUAUUUAUCUGGCUACCCCGCUUUAGCGACGAUGGCAGCUGUCAGCAUCACAGAACCGCUCUGCCAGCCUUGUGCAUACGACGCUAAAUUCAAAGGUGACUGAACUUAGGCUAAAUUAAUUGUCCAGUGGAGCUGCACGUGAGGAAGCCGUUGUUGUCUGUGCACCUGAGCAGCGAGCAGGUAGGACUGGAGAUGCUGUGUCUCUGCAGCCAGCUGGACCUCCUGAUCAGGGCCCAGUUCCAAGAGCAGCUUAAUCAGGACCUCAGUCCAGAGGAGUCAGACUCUUUUCAGCGAGAAGGUGCUCAGAUCAUAGAGCGCAUGUAUCUGUGUCUAGAGCACUUGCCUGAACCUGCGCCACAGCUGGAGGACUACUUGGAUGCAGUAGGAUUGUCUGCCAUGUUCCCACGGGUAGAAGUCUUCAUUAUACAUGGGAGCCCGGUGGACAUGCUGGAGAAGCCAGCCAUGGAUGGCUACUUUCCUCACAUCGCCAGGUUGAACCAGGUACUCGUUCUCAGUCAGCAGCUUGAGGAUGAUGUGAAGCACUUGGGGAGCCACAAGUACGUAGCCCACCAGCUCUCCGUCCUUUACCAAGUUCUCAGCACCUUCAAGGGCAUCAUGCCAUUAUCAGUGCUGAAAAGGGACAUUGAAGCCAACUUCAAGCAGUUGAAAAUGGCCCUCGUGACAGAUGAGAGUUCCAAGCAAGAGCCCCUGUUGCCUGCCCAGUAUGUUAACUGGAUACUGGAUGUGACUCACUGCAUUAUCUCUUCUGUCUCUUCGCUUCCCGAAGAGUUGACUCAAGACCUCAGCACAGCCAUGAGCUUCAUCUCAAACCUUGCAUGACAGACGCUACACGGCUCUCGCUGGUUACUCUGUGACACUCACACGUAUCAUUUCUCUUCAUCUGCAUGUGUGAUGUUUCUGUGUUUCUUAACGUGUAAAAUAUAUUUAUUAUAAAAAAAGAUGGAAACAGCUUUAGGUUUUAUUUGUAGUAUUCUGCAAACCAAGUUGUUUGUUAGUAUAGAGUUGUAGUGAUAUUCUAAUUUAUGUCUGAUGGGGUGUGAUUCAACAUUAAAAUUGGUUAUUUUGUA